AGACAGUGCGAGGCGGGCCGCGACGCGGGCGUUACGUGUCGCCCUCCGUCGGUUUAUUAUUUAUGUCACUAUCACUUUUGACUUUCAGUGCUGUGAUAAACGUACUAGUUCUGUUUUAAUAUUGGUGAAUGUUAAUAUUAUUUAGUGAAAUAUUUUAUACACAACUUCGAGUUUGAAUAGUGAUAUCACCCAUAUCCUGUGGCUGCUAGCUUCCUAAUAUUGGUGUUCGUGUGGUCAAGGCCCGCGGUGUGUGAGAGUGUAAUGUGCGUGGUGCGUUGGCACUUGUGAAGUAAUGUUCAUCAAGGCCGGGCCGGGAGCGGCCGAACCAGAGCGUCGUGGAUCUGUCUCCAACUGGUUCUCGUCUUUGAGACGCGGUGGCGGGCGACGCAAACGCGAGGAAACUGCCGUGCCCUCAGGUUACGGUUCGCUUGGCAGGCGGAAGGAUGGGUCGCAGCCGCGGGGCAAGACCCGCUCCGCCUGGGAUCUUACAACCGUCACUAGACUGCAACUUAAAGAUGAGCUCGGUGAAGUGGUCGCGGAGCUGGAGGCUCUGGAUGGGCAGGAGGAGUGUAAGCAAAACAGUAAAGCCAAGCAGAUGAGUAUAGGGAGGAAGAAAUUCAACAUGGACCCAAAGAAAGGCAUUGAAUACCUGUACGAGAACGGUCUACUGCAGAGAACGCCCGAAGAUGUAGCGCAGUUUCUUCACAAAGGCGAAGGUCUAAGUAAGACGGCGAUAGGCGACUACCUCGGCGAACGUUCAGAAUUCAAUGAGGCGGUGCUCAAAGCGUUCGUUGAAUUACACGACUUUACAGACCUAAUACUAGUUCAAGCACUCAGACAAUUCUUAUGGAGUUUCCGUCUACCGGGCGAGGCGCAGAAGAUCGAUCGUAUGAUGGAGUGUUUCGCUCAAAGAUAUUGCCAACUAAACCCGGACAUCUUCACCAACGCGGAUACGUGUUACGUGCUAAGUUUUGCGAUAAUUAUGUUGAACACUUCACUACACAACCCCAGCGUUAAAGACAAGCCUUUACCGGAACAGUUUGUUGCCAUGAACCGGGGGAUCAACAACGGCGGAGAUCUACCGCAGGAGUUACUCUUAUCGCUGUACGAGUCGAUAAAAACAGAGCCAUUUAAAAUUCCGGAGGACGACGGCAACGAUCUCAUGCAUACCUUCUUCAAUCCGGACAAAGAAGGAUGGCUGUGGAAACAGGGAGGAAGAUAUAAGUCGUGGAAGAGACGGUGGUUUAUAUUGAACGAUAACUGCCUGUACUACUUCGAAUACACGACGGACAAAGAACCUAGGGGCAUCAUUCCAUUAGAGAAUAUUUCUGUGAGACCAGCGAGCGACAGACAACGACCGCACUGUUUGGAGCUGUACGCGAGCGGCGGCGCUGAUCUCAUCAAGGCCUGCAAGACUGACUCCGAGGGGAAGGUCGUCGAGGGAAAACAUACUGUUUACAGAAUGUCGGCAGCUACGGCGGAGGAGCGCGACGAGUGGAUCGAGUGCCUGCGCCGCUCCAUCAGCCACAACCCCUUCUACGACAUGCUCGCGCAGCGCAAGAAGAAGGCGCAGCACAACCUGCACUCCGCGCACUGACUACACGACACCGGACUCUGAACACAACUACAUCUUCGUCUGUCUACUGGUGUCGUGAUGUGCCAGUUAUACAAGCUCCCCGAAGAACAGUGUUCGUCAAACAAUCUACAAGGUUACACGAGUAAUGAUCAGCAAUAAGUGCAAUUUAACGACAUCAAACCACCUCAGUAAACGAGCCUUAAUUUUAAAUGUGGUUUAUACAACUUCUGCCCAAUAAUAGUAAACAUAAGUAAUGUUUGUUUUAGGGGUAUAGCCUAUUGAACGAAGUCGUUUUCUUCAACUCUUAUUAUUGACAUUAAUCAUAAUUUAUUGUAGAGAAUAUAGUAGAAUUUUUAUAAAUACAGUGUACCUAAAGAGUUAUAGAAUGUUAUAUGCAUAACGAGUGAUAAGUCAUGCAUCUGAUGUAACGUCUAAUCGACAUUGAUUGCGAAAUAAGUUUUAUUUAUCAUGUUAUUUUAACAAAUUCAUAAGUGAGCUUAACCCCGAGGUAACGUCCGUCAAGAGUCAGCUGGUGACUUGACAAUAGCCAUUAGUCAUAACUCCAAUGAAUAUGUGAUAUUUAGCCAUGAUAACGACGUACGGAAUGUAUUGUGUUGUACAUAUCGAAACACAAUAAUUGCGCAUCAUUUCAUGGCUGUUGGUCCAUGUAUAUAAACGAAGGAAAGACUGAAAAUUGUGCUUUUUAAACAUCGCCUAUUCGAAAUUGGAACUGUUAGUCGCGUGCGUAAUAAUUUACUUUUCAAAUUAUCACUGUAGACUUAAAAGAAUAAUAUAUUUGUGAGGAAGUCCGUAUCUCACGUCUCACAUGCAUACUGUAUCCGCACAUCGAUUAAAACUGCAAUGAAAUUAAAUACGGAAGUGAUGAAAUCGUCGGCUUAAGGAUGCAGCUUGCUAAACUCAUUCUUGAGUUCAUACCGUGAGAUUAGUUACGAGCGCAUACUGCCAAAUUUUUAUAGUUUGCUAAAGUAAAUUGGUUUCAAACAUUGUUUAAAUGUUGGACAUCCGCAUCACAUCUCAGGAUUGACAAUAAGUUUGUUUAAUUGUAUCGGCACAUACGUUGCUGGCCUAGCCUAAUAAAACCGUGGCGGAAUUGUAUUCAAUGAAAAGUAUUACUUUGAUAAUAUUGUAAUGUAACAUAUUAUGUGAAGAUAAUGUAAAGUAAUACAUGUGUAAAUAGGUUAAUUAGCCUAACUUAGUGUGUGAAAGCCAUCGGUAUUAUUACUUCUUAUGAGAAUGAGAAUGUAAAUAUGGCUGGAUAACAGAAAAUAAGGAAGGCACAACCAAUUUUUGAAAAACUAAUUUAUGGACAAAUAUUUCAUGGAACUACAGCGAAUCGGUUUUAUUUAUGUUUUAGUCAAUAAAUAAAACAAAGGUUAUGCUUGUUAUCGACACAACUCAUUGUCAUUUCCGCCCAUAAACAUAGAUAUAAACAUUAGGUAACUGUUUAGAAGUAGCCUUUAUGUGGCCUAACAUCAUCAUGUCAUUAGUUUUUAUUAGUAUUUCAGAAGUUGGCUGUUGCCGUUAGUAUAAUUAAUUUAAAUUGGGCAACAAAAUUUUAGUUUACAUUCCUGCUCUUUAACCUAAAUAAUCUCAAAAGAAUGUGAGGAAUUAUCGUUCUGUUCGUAAGCAUUUUCAUGUUCUGUUAAACUGUCUCUAUCACUAAAUUCUUGUUCUGUAAAUAAUUUCAUGUAUUUUUUCCAAUGUAAUUCAAAUUCAAUAUUUCAUUUCAAUUAUUUUGAUAAUAUUUCUGUAAUGAUUUAAUGAGAUAAAAUAUAUAGUGGUCUUCUGUCAAAAGAUCUCUUGUUAUCUGUAUACAUAUGUAUGAUUAUCGUAAUAUACAUUUUAGUCACAGUAGAACAGCCACUCUGUAUUGUUAUUCUCAAAGUAAUCGGUCAGUAUAGCGCCUUGUACGACCAGUAAGAACAAUGUUCACAAGGUGCCAUAAUUUUUAUUUAAUUUUUAACGAGCAACGAUCAUAGAUGUGGCUGUACUACUGACAAUAUUAAUCCCUAUUUAUGUGAAUAAUCGGUUUUUAGAAACAAUUUUAUUUUUUAUUGUUCAUAAUUCAAAUGUCAUAAAACUCAAUUAUUUAAUAAUGAUAUUAGGGGAGGUAAAUAUUCUGUUUUGUAAUUAUUUUUUAUGGAAUGGUGCCUAGUAUUGAUCUGCAACUAGUUAAGCUUACUAUAGUAGUAUUAGUGUACCGACUUAUAAUGCGCUGUAAAUUCGCUUUUAGAAACGUUAAUUUAUCAAUGUAAUGUUUUAUAUGACAGCGGAUAUGUGCAUAAUAAUGGUGUUGUAAAUAAUUUUGUAAGAAAAUGGAUAUACAUAAAAUAUGUUUAUUUA